UUGCUUUGAAAAAAAAAAAAGAGAGUGAUAGAGAGAGAAAACACCCUUUUCAAGUAUCUCAGCAUAACCAAAGACCUCUGACAGAACCGCCAUUUUUCUCAUCACGAUGGCGACCUCCGUCCUCCGGAAGCUCUCCACCCAAAUCCACUGCUUCCCAUCUCUCUCUCUCCACUCCAAACACCUCCUCUCUCGCUCCUACUCUACCUCCGCCAAAGUUUCCGACAGAAUGGUAAAACUCUUCGCCAUUGAUCCUAACGGCCAGAAACGCGAGAUCGUCGGGCUCUCCGGCCAAACUCUCCUCAAAUCCCUUACUAAUCACGGCCUCAUCGACCCCGCCUCUCACCGGCUCGAAGAGAUCGACGCCUGCUCCGCUGAGUGCGAGGUCAACAUCGCUCAGGAAUGGCUCGAUAGGCUCCCGCCGAGGUCCUAUGACGAAGAGUACGUGCUCAAGCGGAACUCUAGGACUCGUGUUUUGAACAAGCAUUCGAGGCUUGGCUGUCAGGUCGUGCUCAAUAAGGAUCUUGAAGGUAUGGUCGUGGCCGUCCCUGAGCCCAGACCCUGGGACACUCCAUAAUUUUAGGCAAACAAAUGGCGUUUUGAGUUUUGGGAAAAAUUAAUAAUCGCUAAAGAUUUAAACUUUUGGUGUUUGAAACUGUUUCCCUUCUGUUUUAUUGGCUUUCAAUUAUAUGAAUUUGGAGUUGUUGGAAGUUUAAUUAUGUUAUCUAUAAUUAGGGGCAUUAAAUUUGUGAAAUGUGGAAUGAUUAUCUUCAAAAUAAACAUGGUGGGGAUGAAUUUAUAGUCAA